UUCUUGGGAAACUGCAGCUACUCCACCCAUGUUUUAUUUCUGAAGAGAGGAUGGGGGAGGGUUAUGAGAGGAUGAGGAGAGAGGUGGAGAGGGAAGUGGUACGACGGAAGACUCUCGCCUCACAGCUGAGGACUCUGCUCGACAGCCAGCUGCAGGUUCUGAGGCGAGAGCAGCAGGUCCAGCAGCGGGUCCACAGUGUCCUCACAGCUCAGCUCAGAGAGUGCACCAGACUAAUGUCCAAGGUUUAUAACAACAACAACCAGCAAAACUUCAUCCAGAGGCUGUCGUCCCUGGUGGAGGAGAUGGGAGAGCUGGUGUCAGCAGAGUGCCAGCGUCAGGGGGCCUGGGGCUUUCUGGGCGAGGGAACGGGGGCCAAGCUGCUCUGCCCUGACACUGGAACUGUGCUGAUCAAGGACCACAUCUUUGGUCCUGAUGGGUCCCUGCGUGUCUGUCAGGCUCUUCGUUGUGAUUCAGUGACGGGCCUCAUAAGACCAAAAGCUCACAGCCAUAUGCUGCUGAGCAGCGGCCACACCAUGGCUGUGCCGCCUGAUUUCUUCCUGCAUCCGCAGACCGGCAGACUUUUGCCCAUAGCUGGCAAUGUGGCCUAUGAUCCUGCAAGCUCCACUUUAGUGUUCACAACUGACUCAUGUACAGGAGACAACAGGAAGUGGGACAGUCCCCUCCUUCCUUUCAUUCCUUACCCAAGGUCCUGCCACUCAGACCAGCCUCUACCCAGCACUCGACUCAGAGGCCUCAGACCGGGCCAGAGACUGCAGCUGGGAGCUCCCAUGGCCGAGCCAGACACCGGGGUCCCAGUGCCCAUUCUGGCUGUGACCAUCCACCCCCAGUCAGGACUGGUUUACCCACUGGGAGGGGUGCAUGUCUGUCCCAUCACCCGCCUGCCGCAGCCUAUUCAGAUUGGCUAUCCCAUGCUGGACUCCAGGACGGGGAAAGUUGUGCUCACUGUUGGGGUCAGUCUAGACCCAGUGACAGGAGCUGUGCUGCCAGUAGGUGGAGUCCUGCUGGCCGAGUCUUUCAUCGAGCCUCUGAGUGGGCGGAUGGUGAGAAUAGGAGGGGCGAGCAUACGGGCUGGACAGCUGCUGCCAAAUGCGGGAGGAUACCAGACCCUUCUAGACAGCAAGGUUGUGGCAGUGAUGUUCAAAGUCCUGGAGCUCCUGAAGCCACUAACGGAGGAGUGGGGAUCAGACCAAACUCUGCAGCGCCCUCAGGGCAGCGAGAGGGGAAGUGGCCGACAAAAUCAUCUUCUGGCUGCAGCCGCGGAGCUCCAGCAGGCCUGGGGGAGGAGCCUGCACUGCCAGCUGCAGCUGCAGACCAGGUUGGAUAUCCUGCUGGACUGGGCUGAAGGUCUCCAGCAGGAUGGAGGGACUCUGGGAGAGAUGCCCCUCUCUGGUUCAGAUGUGUGUGUGCCAGCUCUGCUAGGGAUGGAGUACCCUGACCCCCUGGGAUCUGGUCUGAGUGUACCUGUGCUGGGGUGUCAGACCGACCUUGUCUCUGGGAUUAUAAUACAAUUAGCAGGGACCAUGGAGGACCCAGAUGGAAAAGGCCUUGUGGCCAUCCGGUAUGGAUCCCAGGCAGUUGAUCCAGUGACAGGUGUGCUGGCCCCGGUGGUUGGAGCCAGGCUAGAUGUGGCCAGAAAAAACGUUGUACCGGUCACAGCUUCCUACUGGCUAACGUCUGCAGAUCAAACUGACAGUGUGCAGGUAGAGGCGCUGCAGAGAGAGGUUUGCGUGCGAAACACUUACUGGCAGCAGCAGCGGCAGAGGGAGGAGGAGCUUCUCUCUGAUCUGGACUCGGCUCUAUUCCAGAGUCUCUUUAGAGUUGCAGAAGCAAACUCGUAUCAGGUCCAGUGGUCAGGGAGGCAGCUGAGGGAAGCAGCUGUGGAGCUGCAGGAUUCAGCGCAGACAGAGGCGCAGAGGAGAGCAGCUCAGCGCGCCCACUUGGCUCUGAUCUUGCCUCCGCAUGUAUUAAACAUCCUCACAUUGGGUGACGAGCAGGAGUGGGACCGGCAGUGUGUUUGGCACUCGGAGCUCGUUUCAGGCCUUGAUAAAGUGGAUGUUUGCAUGGAGCAGCUGCAACAAGAGCAAGAAAAAUGGGCAACACAGGGAGGAGACUGGGCUACAGCCCUUCAUGCUAUGGACAGAGAGCUGAGACAGAAAGAGUUGUGGGAGCAGUGCUGUUCCAGACAGACAGAGUUGGAGGCUGCUCUUAAUACGCUGCACUUUGUCAGACACCUUUCUCAGCUCCGCGCUGACACGGCUCAGGCGGUACUGUGUGGGAACUUCUGGUACAAGGAAUAUGGUCUGGUCCAGUGCAGUGGACACAGAGCGACUGUGGAGGUCAAAGGUUUGCUCCAGCAGAAGGCUCUGCCACUUUUGGAGAGACUGAACCAGCUCCUGGAAGACAAACAGCCUCCCAGUUUCUCCCCCAACACCUGCAAUCAGCAUGUUUCUGGUUUGUCAACAAAGCAGGCGUAUGUUCUGGAGACAACUUCUAGAGUCUGGACCGCCUCUGUGCCUGUAGUGAAAGGAAUCUCCACCCAGUCUUUGAGGGAACCUGUCAAUUUAGCUCAAUCCCAAGACACUGGUCUGCAGGUCAGCUCUGCACCAACACACAACUCACAGAGACACACCGCAUCUUCUGGCGUUCACUCUCAGGAGAGCCAGCCGAUGAAAGAGUCCGCUCAGCCUACACAUACUAUCUCUGUCCCCACACUUCCAGCAGGAGAGUGGAGCAAGCUGCUGGAGCUCUCUCCUCUGUUCCAGCUGCUGAAAGGGGUGGAGCUGCAGCUGAAGGGCUGGGCCUCGGGGGCGGGGCUUCUCACAGCAGAGCAUGCUGACAGAGGCCAAAGUUUUGUAGACGUCCUUGAUGCUCAGUGGGAGUGUGAGGGAGAGCUGAUCCCUUUGGACCUGUCGGUUCUUAACCCCAGAGAGUUCCUCAUCUACCAGCACGGACUGUUCCUGAUGCACACUUUGGAUAAUCUGAAACUGACUUCAGCUGUUUCCCUUCAGAUAGCAGCUAGUCUUCCAAACAACAACUACGCCAACAACGCCUUCAGAAAUUCCUUCUUUUAUCAGGAGGCAGAGCAGACGCUCUUUGUCCGUCGGCAGAGGCUUCAGUCGGUUGGAGGCUUCUCUCUGCUGCUGCUCCACUGUCUGUCCCAUGUCAAGAUUAAAAACAUGAGCUCUGACUCCAGUCCUGCCUUCCAGAGGCUUUUCUUCAAGACACUGCAGGCAUGUCUGGGGGAGCUGUUUCAGGAUAGAUUGGGUGUUCCCUCCUCUGAAAAGGAAGCCACUUUGUGCGUGUUGUUCCAGGACCAAGGGGCCCCUCUAGGACUCUUAAAGGGGACUCUCUCCGACUCUAACGCUGCCUCGCUGCUUGACAGGUUUCACAAACCAAGCCGAGGACUGCUGUCGGAUGAUGAAGUUGAGGAACUUCAGAGGAAGCACAGAGAAACGUCUCUGCUGUCCCAUCUCGAAGGACUUUUAAGAGAGAAGAGCUCUGAAGUGUGAGGGCUUUUGUUUUUGUUUGAAAGAGAAGAAAAACGCCCAACAUGGAAUCAGUUAAUUGUGGCGAGGGAGGAACACACCUCACAGAUCAAAUCUGGUUUCUGAGUUUUUAUGCAGAGACAAAAACAAGACCUAAGGAUGUGAUGUUUUCACAGAAACAGUUAUCUCAAUCAAUAUUUCAGACGCAUGCUUCUGACCGCUCUGUGCAAUAAUAACUUGUUUUUUUACAUGAGCAAACCAUGUCUUCCUCUCAGUAAUCAGAUACAAUACACAACAUACAUUACAUUUAAAAAAAAAACCUGUCCCUACAACUAUUUUAUAACAAUUACCCACAAAGCAGUUUCCUUCACUUUUCUAUUACUAGAGUGUUGUAAUCAUAAUGAGAAAAACAAACAAACAGACUGUAUGUAGAGACAUUUAAUCAGCCAUAUCAGUGUGCAAAGCUAAUUUAUCAUGCUGUCUAUGUUUUAAUAAUGUUAUAUCAUGCAAAUACUGUUUGCACUUAUUUACUGUUAUAUUUAUUUUUAUUGUUUUUUCUUAUUUCAGUGAGUACGCAUAGUUUUAAUCCUCAACUGAUCCCUGAUCCAACCCUAAACUUAAUGCCGACAAACUUAAAAAACAUGUUUCAAACCAGAAAAUUUCUAGUGUUAUCAUCACGUUAAGUGUUACCUUUAAUCAGUUUGCACAUUUGUUAAAUGAAAUAUGAUAAUCUAACCAAAUAUUGAGAGAGGCUAAACUAUAGCUUAGGGCAUUUUCCACACCUAUUUUCAUAAACUUUUACUUCAUGUGUCAUGUUAUUCCUUUCAUUUGAACGAGAAAAUGUUAUAGUACUGUAAUUGUGAAUGCAUUUCUUCAAUUGUUGAAAUCACUGAUCACAAAAACAUUCAUGGUAUAUUGUUUAUUUUUUUUUAGACAAGGCAUUUUUUUUUCUUAUACAAAAAACAUGUGUUUUGAUGUUUACCAUCACAGGCUUGCAUUACAAGGAAAUUCCUGGCAUGAUUCUACAGGCGCUUGAUUAAAAGAUAAACAAAGGAAAAAACACAUGCACGACUGGUGCGUGCACACAUGCAGACAUCUGUUUCUGUUUAGUCCAGGGCGUGGCCGAGGGGAAGUUUACGGCAACAAAAGCUCUGCUGAGAUUUCCGACACAUCUGCUGGCAAAA